AUUUCCUGAGUCAUUCCCCUUGUUCAAACGAUAAAACGAAACAACACCCGGGUAUCCCCACUUGGCUAACGUUAGCUACCGUAACACUUGUUUGACAUUUAAAAUAUUUAUUAACAAUGGAGGGCUCUGUAUCAAACGUGGAGGUCUGUCAUUUUGCCUACACGGGACAGUUUGAGAAACUAAAAGAGUGCAUUCUGUCGGAUAAAUCGCUUGCCUGCAAAAUAGACCAGGACGGACGGACCGCGCUGCACUGGGCUUGUUCUGCUGGACACGCCAACAUUGUGGAGUUUCUGCUUGACCUGGGAGUUGAUGUGAAUCUGCAGGACGAUGCGUUGUGGACCCCUCUUCACAUUGCAGCGUCUGCUGGCAGAGAAGACAUUGUGCGAUCUCUGAUAUCCAAAGGAGCUCAGCUGAAUUCAGUUAAUCAAAACGGAUGCACCCCUCUGCACUAUGCCGCCUCUAAAGACAGAUAUGAGAUCGCCCUGCUGCUGUUGGAAAAAGGAGCAGACCCCAACGUCACCGACAAGUAUGAGUCCACGCCCCUUCACAGAGCGUCUACAAAGGGCAACUUCCGCCUCAUCCAGCUGCUUCUCAAACAGAGUGCUUCGACCAACAUCCAGGACUCGCAGGGCAACACGCCUCUCCACCUGGCGUGUGAUGAGGACCGCGUGGAGGCAGCUAAGGUGCUUGUGGAACACGGGGCCAGCAUCUACAUUGAGAACAAGGAGGAGAAGACCCCCCUCCAGCUCGCCAAGGGCGGUCUGAGCAACAUCCUCCGUCGGAUUGUGGAAGGAUGAUUCUUUUAUCGAACCUAAUAGUCACGCUCCAGCUCGAGUCCCCGCCACCGCAAGUUACAUAAUGAGAGUUCUCAUCCCAGUCAGUCCUCCCGAGCGGCCUGGUAGGACACAUACGGAUGUGUAACAGGUGGAAGAUGAGAUGGCGUCAAGUAGAAAAGUUGGACUGCACUGGGUCGUCGUCAGCUCCUCAGAUGGGGGCAGUGACAUUGCCCAGACCGUAGGUGUCUCAUCAAAAGCUCUCUCUAGGGCACUAAGUGCGGUCUAUCCACUGCAGCCUAAUUUCUUAUGAUCGCUUUCUUUUUACGUUUGAAUUAUUGCAAAAAUUGCCAAAUAAAAAAACGGUGUUCAGCCUGUUUAAGUAUG